CAUGAAUAAUCCGUGACGUUUCGACCAACCGGGAUUUGCUCCGGACACAGGAUGACGACGGCAGCACAAAUUUUGGGCUGGUGUUUGGUAAUUUUCGGAUGCUGUGCUACCACCGGCCAUGGCCACUACAUCGACCAGUUCUACUGUGGGCCGGACAACUGCUACGAACUGCUGGGCGUGUCGCGCGAAAGUACCAAGCAGGAGAUAGCGAAAUCGUACCGCCAGCUCGCCCGCAAGUAUCAUCCGGAUGUGCACCAUGGUGUCGAGCAGAAGCAAACGGCGGAAGAAUCUUUCAAAAAGAUAGCGACCGCGUACGAGGUGCUGAAGGAUGAGGAAUCGCGCAACGAUUACAACUACAUGCUGGACAAUCCGCAAGCGUACUAUGCACACUUCUACCGGUACUAUCGCCGAAAGGCGAAGAUUGACGUUCGACUGGUGAUUGUGGUGACGAUAAGCAUCAUCUCCUGCAUACAGUACGUGACACGAUGGCAACGGUACGAUACGGCGAUCAAGUACUUCAUGUCGCUGCCCAAAUACCGCAACAAAGCGCUGGAAAUGAUCAACCAGUCCGGCUGCAACGGAGCGGCAGGCGGUAAUGGUAAGCAUGGCCGCACCAAACUGUCCAAGGCGGAACAGAAGAAGGAACACGACGAACAGAUACGGAAGGUGAUCGAGAACAACAUGGACAUACAGGGUGCGUACGCGAAGCCUGAAAUACGGGACAUACUCUGGAUACAGCUGUUUCUGCUACCGUACACGAUCGGUCGCUAUAUGUGCUGGGUCGGCCGGUGGGUUUGGAAGUUUAACGUGCUAAAGCAACCGUACGGACGGGAAGAGCAGCUGUACCUGAUACGGAAGCAUAUGCGACUGACCGCGGUACAGUUCGAUUCGAUCGAACCGGACACGGUGGAACAGUUCCUCCGGCAACAGCUCUGGAUCAAGUCCAACUUUGACCGGUGGAAGGUGGAGCAGGAAAAUGAGAAAAAGAAACAGAUGGCAGACAAUCCACGGUACAAGGCGUAUCGCCGGUACAUGAAAAAUCACGGCCCGGGACGACUUACGUUUGAGGAGUGA